UGAAAAGUGGAGAGGGAGGAACGAUGAAGAGGGGGAGGGAAAGAGGGGAAGGAAGGAGAGGCCAAAAAGGUCUAGCAUUCUAAGAUGACUGACACACCUUAUGAAUCACUAGCUGUGCUAUUUAGUGGUGGGGUUAAAACGUUUCAUUGAGUGUGAUGUUACGGAGAAGCCUAUCUUCUACCAUACAGUCUUCAGUGAUCCCCUACCAUAGUCUUCCUCAACAGUUACUUAUGACGAUCAGCUUGGCAUAUAUUGUGGUGUAAGACUGACUAAUCCUACUAAAUGCCUCUGUCACUGAUCCCACUGAUUGAUGGGUGAAGCCUAUGAACACUGACAGGUUUACAGAAGAGGAAAAUGGCUCAAGAAACUAACCAUAGCCAAGUGCCUAUGCUUUGUUCCACUGGAUGCGGAUUUUAUGGAAACCCUCGUACAAAUGGAAUGUGUUCAAUUUGCUAUAAAGAACACCUUCAAAGGCAGAAUAGUAGUAAUGGUAGAAUUAGCCCUCCUGCAACUUCUGUCAGUAGUAUAACCGAGUCUUUACCAGUACAGCACACAGAAGGCAGUGUCCCGGAAACUCAGUCAACAUUAGACUCUACAUCUACCCAGUCUACGCAGCCAAGUCCUGUGUCAAACCAGUCACUUUUAACAGAAUCUGUAGCAUCAUCCCAAGCAGAAAUUACAGCUGUGGACAAAACAGUACCUGAAACAGAAGAUUUGCAAGCUUUAGUGUCAGAGAGUGCAGAGUCUACAUCUGAAGAACAAGACAAGUCACUUGACAAACCAAAACAGAAAAAGAAUCGCUGUUUCAUGUGUCGGAAGAAGGUGGGACUUACUGGGUUUGAAUGCCGGUGUGGAAACGUUUACUGUGGGGUGCACCGUUAUUCAGAUGUACACAGUUGCUCUUACAAUUACAAAGCUGAUGCUGCUGAGAAAAUCAGGAAAGAAAAUCCUGUAGUUGUUGGGGAAAAGAUUCAGAAGAUCUGAACUGCUACUUCUGCUGGAAUAUAAAAUCCCUAGACCAUCUGCAGAUUAAAUUGACUUGAGCUUUUUCCUUAGUCAUCAGGAAUGUAGAGCAGUGUAUCUUGCCUAGACCUUUUAAUCAUGCAUGUCAUCAGAAGAAUAGAUUUUUUUUGUUUUUGUUUUGAAAAUGACUCUGAACAUUUAUUUUCAUUGCAGUUUUCUGUGGCUGAAGACUUAAGUAAACUUUACAAGUAUUAUCCUUUAAGAUCAUUUAAAUUUUAGUUGAGUGCAGAGGGCUUUUAUAACAAACAUGGAGAAAACAUGGGAGGGCUGUGCUUUUCCAGUACAAAACAUGCAUGCAUUAACUUUGCAGUUUAUUUUCUUCUUGUAUAUAGCUUUUCUCUGCAGCACGAUUUCUUUUUCGGUAAUGCCUCAUGGCACAACUAGUUAUCAGUAACUGAAUGUAUUUUAAUCAUUAUGGCUGCUUCUGGUUUUCAUUAACAAGAAAGGUUAUACAUGUUAGCAUAUUAGCUUGUUUGCACCCACUACCUAUUUAUGUAUGAAUCAUUUGUAAUGAGAGAGCGUGUGCUGAGAUUAUAAGUUUGUGUGGUUUUUUAAAAAAAAAUUAGAUUUUGUUUUCGUGUGUGUGUGGGGGCGGGGUAGGCUAGUAUGCACUUCAUUGCUGACUGAAGGUUUCACUGGGAUUACAUUCAUCAGUCUGUAUGUACACAAAUAUGAAGAAUGAUCUGAAGUAACUGUGCUGUAUUUAUGUUUAUCCACGUCUUAACUUUGAUUAAAUAAAAUUUUAAAAAACUGGA